GUGAAAGUCAGUCGCCAGCUCCUCGCUUUCGUAGAAAAAACCAAGUUCAAAGAACGUGCGCUUUCCUUCAUGGACCUAUUAAUCAGCAAGGUGCUUCUCUCUCCUGGUCAGAGCUGUAGACAUCUUUCUCUUCAGGAUAAUCAAUCUUCUCUGUCUGUUUCGUCUCCUGAUCUCUUCUUUUGUUCAGGGUUUGUUGGUCGUUGAAGUUGUUUAUUUCAAGCUUUUGAAGGUUGCUAUAGAAGGGCUGUUCACUGGCAGAACAAACAGACAUGACUUGUUUUUCUUUCUUAUGUGGUAGACGGAUAGAUUCUUCUCAAGAAUCUCAACAUAUGGGUAGAGAUGAUGAAGAACUUGGAAGCAUUAAGAAUGUUAGAUGUUACACCUACAGGGAAUUAAGAAAUGCCACCGAAGGUUUUAGUGCGGCCAACAAAAUUGGGGAGGGUGGUUUUGGUUCUGUAUACAAGGGACGGCUGAAACAUGGGAAGAUAGCUGCUAUAAAAGUUCUUUCAGCCGAGUCGAGACAAGGGGUGGAAGAGUUCUUAGCAGAGAUUAAAGCAAUGUCAGAGAUAGAGCAUGAAAACUUGGUUAAGCUGUAUGGAUGUUGCGUAGAAGAUAAUCACAGAAUUUUAGUUUACAAUUACCUUGAGAACAAUAGCCUUGCGCAAACUCUUCUUGAUGGAGGUCAUAGUCACAGCAAUAUCCAGUUUAGUUGGAGAACACGGACUAAGAUAUGCAUUGGGGUAGCAAGAGGGCUUACUUUCCUUCACGAGGAAGUCAAACCAUACAUCGUUCAUAGAGAUAUCAAAGCAAGCAAUAUUCUUCUUGACAAAGACCUCACUGCGAAAAUUUCAGAUUUUGGUCUGGCUAAGCUUAUACCAGACAACCAGACUCAUGUCAGUACACGAGUAGCUGGAACACUAGGUUAUCUGGCACCAGAGUAUGCAAUAAGGGGGAAAUUGACUCGGAAAGCAGAUCUCUAUAGUUUCGGUGUCCUCCUUUUGGAAAUUGUUAGUGGGAGAAAUAACACAAAUACACGAUUACCUGUUGAAGAACAAUACCUCUUAGAACGGACCUGGGAACUUUAUGAGCGAAGGGAGCUGGUUUCCCUGGUAGAUGCAUCAUUAAAUGGUGACUUUAAUGCUGAGGAGGCUUGUAGGUUUCUAAAAAUUGGUCUCCUCUGCACCCAAGAUGAUCCAAAUCUCCGGCCUUCCAUGUCUACUGUAGUCAAAAUGCUGACUGGCCGGAAGAAUUUUGACGAGAGAAAGAUAACAAAGCCAGGCCUUAUUUCUGAUUUCAUGGACCUCAAAGUACGAGCUCCCUCCAAGACCAAAGCAUCUGCUUCAACAUCCUUUAAUGUAUCUUCUGGGUCGGACAACCAGGACACUUCAAUAUUGACAUCAGAAAACUCAUCAAGUGUAACCAUGACGGCUUUCACGGAAUUAUAUAAUCGGAGCAUUUAAACAUCAACGCGAGAGAAAUUCCCAUUACAUUUAUUUUAUUCUAUUUUUGAAUUUUUUGAGCUUGUAAAUUCUGCCACCAUCCCUUAUACACAUAAACAUACAAUUUCUUACUCACCUGUAAAUGGACAAAUUCCAGUGAUGUGAAAGAUAGCAUGCAAUGGUUUGUUCUCA